AUGGAGUCCCCAGGAGGGUGGACGCUGCAGGUGGCCCCAGAGGAAGGCCAGGGCCUCUGCAAUGUGAAGACUGCCACGAGGGGCCCCUCUGAGGGGGCUGUGUCUGGAGGCUGGGGGGCCUGGGAGAACUCCACGGAGAUCCCCAGGGAGGCAGGGGACGGUCAGCGGCAGCAAGCCACACUGGGGGCGGCGGAUGAACAGGGAGGCCCCAGCAGGGAGCUGGGCCCCGCAGACGGUGGGCGGGACGGGGCUGGGUCCGGGAGCGAGCCUGCAGACCGGGCGUUGCGCCCUUCGCCUCUCCCAGAGGAGCCGGGCUGCCGGUGCGGGGAGUGCGGCAAGGCGUUCAGCCAGGGCUCCUACUUGCUGCAGCACCGGCCCGUGCACACAGGCGAGAAGCCGUACACGUGCCCCGAGUGCGGCAAGGCCUUCGCCUGGAGCUCCAACCUCAGCCAGCACCAGCGCAUCCACAGCGGAGAGAAGCCCUACGCUUGCGGGGAGUGCGGCAAGGCCUUCCGCGCGCACUCGCAGCUCAUCCACCACCAGGAGACGCACAGCAGCCUGAAGCCCUUCCGCUGCCCGGACUGCGGCAAGUCCUUCGGCCGAAGCACCACGUUGGUGCAGCACCGACGCACGCACACGGGCGAGAAGCCCUACGAGUCAGAGUGCCGCAAGGCCUUCAGCUGGAACUCCAAUUUCCUGGAGCACCGGCGCGUGCACACGGGCGCGCGGCCGCACGCCUGCCCGGACUGUGGCAAGGCCUUCAGCCAGAGCUCCAACCUGGCCGAGCACCUGAAGAUCCACGCGGGCGCACGGCCACACGCCUGUCCCGACUGCGGCAAGGCCUUCGUGCGUGUGGUGGGGUUGCGGCAGCACCGGCGCACGCACAGCAGCGAGAAGCCCUUCCCCUGCGCCGAGUGCGGAAAGGCUUUCCGCGAGAGCUCGCAGCUCCUGCAGCACCAGCGCACGCACACUGAUGAGCGGCCCUUCGAGUGCGCCGACUGCGGCAAGGCCUUUCGCGGCAGCUCCGAGCUGCGCCAGCACCAGCGCCUGCACUCUGGAGAGAGGCCGUUCGUCUGCGCCCACUGCAGCAAAGCCUUCGUGCGCAAGUCGGAGCUCUUAAGCCACCGGCGCACGCACACGAGCGAGAGGCCCUACGCUUGCGGCGAGUGCGGGAAGCCUUUCAGCCACCGUUGCAACCUCAACGAGCACCAGAAGCGGCACGGGGGCCGCGCUGCGCUCUGACCCGAGGACGCCCUGAGCGGGAGGUCGCGGACACGCGGCAUUGCGGGGUCCCGGGCGUGAGUGCGCUGUCUGCUGGCCCAGCCUUUUUCAGGCCGCCGGUGCGGGCGCCCUCCUGCUGGGAGUGCAGGGGCGGCCUUGGGUGUGGAGAACCCUGGAUGCACAGUCCCUUUGACGAUAGCCCACCGGCCACCCUGGCCUGGCUGGGGACAUGUGGGAUGGGCUCUUACCCCAGGGAGGGCGGCAAGCUCCACUUUGGCGAGAGGUUCGUCCAUGCAAAGGUGGGCAAGAACUGGGGUCUCCGACAGGUGUGGCUAUUUCUUUAAGUUCUCUGGCACUGUCAAAAGCAGCCAACCCACCCCACAGUCCACAUGGUCACCGUUGCUGCUACCAGCUGCUCCGUGCAGUGGCCACUGUGUCUCCUAAGGUGCUCGCUCCAGUCAGCACUUCAUCUCAGGCAACCACAGGUGACAGUUAAACAUGAUGAAACCGCA